GGAGGAGUCCCAGCGCAGAGGCGCGCGCGCUGGCGGGAGGAGCCGGAAGCCCGGGCGGCUGCGCCCCGCCCCGGCCCGCUCGAGACCCGCCCCCCGCCUCGGCCGCCGCCUGUCCGUGGGCUCAGACCUCCCGGCUCGACUGGCGCGAGGGCAUCGGCACAAUGUCGGUUCCAGGACCUUACCAGGCAGCGGCAGGGCCUUCUGCAGUGCCCACCGCGCCGCCCUCCUAUGAAGAGACGGUGGCUGUGAACAGUUACUACCCCACGCCUCCCGCACCUGCACCGGUGCCAGGGCCCACUACAGGACUUAUUGCAGGCCCGGAUGGGAAGGGCAUGAAUCCCCCUUCGUACUACACCCAGCCAGUUGCCCAGCCGUUGCCCGUCCCCAACGCCAACGCAAUUGCCGUGCAGACCGUCUACGUCCAGCAGCCCGUUUCCUUUUACGACCGUCCAGUCCAGAUGUGCUGCCCAUCCUGCAGCAAGAUGAUCGUGACGCAGCUGUCCUAUAACGCCGGUGCCCUCACCUGGCUCUCGUGUGGAAGCCUCUGCCUGCUGGGGUGCAUCGCCGGCUGCUGCUUCAUCCCCUUCUGUGUGGACGCACUGCAGGAUGUGGACCACUACUGCCCCAACUGCAAGGCCCUCCUGGGCACCUACAAGCGCUUGUAGGCCUUGGCUCGGCGAGCUCAGAGCUGCGUUCUGCGAAACCUCCUGGCUGGUGCUCACCCAGCCCGCCGUCCCCUUGUGGGUUCGUCUCUGGGGAAGUUGGGGGGUGUCCCAUCUGUGUGUCUUCUUGUUUUGGGGUGGGGGGAAUAUUUCGCAAAAGUAACAAACUUCCAAAAUCCCAGGGAUUGCUGCUUGGAGACCUGCCUAGGAUGUGCAGGGACAUCAGGUCGGGCAGCUCCCUGAGUCACACCCCUCAUGACAGCUUCCCCACCCACUGAGUGUCUUCCGGUGCUGUCACCACCACCACUGGCCCCUCCUUUUCCUGCCAGUGGGCUGGGGCGUUUCUGGGGGGCCUCCACCCGAGAAGCCUCAGGUUGCCUUAUUCUUGAGACUGUAUUUCCCUGAACUUGAUGGGACCAACCUUGAGUGCCUGCCGUCUGUCCUUCCCCCACCACCGCGCUGACAAAAAAAGAAAUCUUGCCUUAUAGACUUUGUGGGCCUUGCCUCUUCGGUUCGAUAACAGCAGACUGCACUCGCACAAAAGCCCACUCGGGGUCUGUGAGCCCUCUGAAGUGCACGGAGGGGCGUCAGCAGUCGUGGUCUCUGUGCUGACUGACCCCUUUCUGGUGUCAGGAUGUUUGAGCACAAAUUUUGAAUCAUUUUCCUUCUCUUAGUGGCGAGUGUCGUCUUCCUGUUGGCCCAUGUGUAUUCCGUUGUUUGUUGCGCCACAGCUAAAGCGAUGUCACUUGCUGCCUUGACCGGCUGUGGGACCGGGGGGAGUGUGUUUCUUAAAAGCCUCUUGUCAGCAGCGCGAGUCAGGAGGGAACGGGCCCUCGUGCGGAGGUGCCACGGUGCCGAGCAGAACCUGCCCCGAGGCAGUGGAGAGUCCGGCGUUCUUUUUUCAGAGAUGGAGUUUGUUGCUGAGCGUCACACGGCAUGGUUUCCAAGACUCAGGCAGCAGGCCCCAGGGUCCAGAUCUGCUACUGUCAUCUCUAAAAUCAAGAUAAUAUCCUCACGCGUGCCUUCCCAGAGGCACAACGAACUUCUGCACAGAUCACAACUGUCCUUGAACAAAAAUCCUGUAGAUGGGUUGAAAAUGAUUGCAGUAACUGUUGAUUCAGCUGAUGCUUUGAAAAAUCUGAUGUUUUUGGAAGAACGCCAGGCAUUUUCGGGACAAGUCACUGACACCGUGUAGUCCUCCAGUGUUACCUGCUUUAAAGAAAACAAAUAAAGCAUUCAGUCAUGU